ACCACCACCAACAGCAGACAGCAGCAGAAACAAUAACAACAUCAUCCCAUUUUAUCCUUCUGCCUUUUUCAGCCAACCCUUCUCAAAUCACCUCAUUUCUCUCUCUAAAGAUGACUCCUUUUCCUUUCUCUCUCUACCAGGCAAAACACACACCAAAUUGUACAAAGAAUGAAGAAACAUGGAAACCCUUCAAAAACAAAGAAGAGUCCACACACACCACCCAACUCUCUCUUUCUUCAAUGGCCCAGCUGGACCAAAAUUUAUGUAGAAGAAAAACAAAAAGAAGGGAAAGAAAGAGAAGAUUGGUGUCUUCAAAUGUCCUCCAACCAAACCCACCUCACAGAAACGUCUAAAAUUAUGAUUCCAGAAAUACCCUUCUGCAACCCCCAAAAAAUCCAAUCUUCAUCACUGUCUCAACUCUCAAAAGAAACAUUUUUUUUUCACCCAGUUAUGUGGGCUUCUUUGGGUUUUUUUCUUUGUCUCGGUCAGAGUUUUUCACAGAGAAAACAGGAAAGCGAGAACCUUCUCGUCCUCUCUCUCUUUCGUGUUCAUUUCUCUCUGUCUCUCUCUACACUUAAUUCUUUCCUUUUACUAUUUCUUCCCCAUAUCUCUGCCUUCAUCCUUAUCAAAUACACUUUUUCUCUCUUCCAUCUCUCUCUCUUCUCUUCGUUCUCCUCUCCUUGAUUGAUAUAUCUUAGGCUGGGGGGUUUUAUUCUUUUCUCUGUGAUUUAAAUAUGGGGAAGAUGAAAGGGGUUGCUUCUGCUGCUCCUCUUAAUCCCAUGGAGUAUUCUCCAUAUGCUAUGUUCGCGGACCAAAGGAACAGAUUUAAGCUCCAGAGUCUUUUGCAAGACUAUGAAGAGUUAAACAAGGUAAGAUCUUUUGUGGGGUUUCACUGUUUGUUUUGAUUUAUUCGAUCUGGCUUUUUUGUUGGUUUUUCUGGGUUUUGAUCUCAGUUGUGAUUAAUUGGUUAUUUGGAAAAAGGAGAGCUAACCAUCACCUGGAUCUUAAGUUUUGGUUUCAACAAUGGAGGAGAUCUUGCAUAGGAAAUAAUUAUACCGUGUACUCUAUUUUUUAUUAUUCAGUUUUUGUGUGAUUAAUUGGUUUUUAUUUACAUAUUUUCCUUUUUCUGUGUAAAAGAACACAACCUAAUUAAGCCAUAAUCGUCACUUAGUGCCAAAAAUGAAAAAUGAAAGGAAAU